GGCAACCACCGUUCCACUGUCUGCUUCUCCGCGUUUGACUAUUAUAGAGUCCUCAUGCCCGGUGCCCUGGCGCCUCCUGUCCGCUGAGCCAUGGCCACCCCCGACGUGAGCGUCCACAUGGAGGAGGUGGUGGUGGUGACGACGCCCGAUACGGCGGCGGAUGGCAGCGGCGUGGAGGAGGUGAAGACCGUGCUGGUCACCACCAACCUGGGCCCGCACGGGAGUGACCUGACGGAGGGUAACAUGGAGACGGAAAACGCCGCGGCAGCUGCUGCAGCCGCGUUCACAGCGUCCUCGCAGCUCAAGGAGGCCGUGCUAGUGAAGAUGGCUGAAGAGGAGGAGAGCCUGGAGGCCGAGAUCGUGUACCCCAUCACCUGCGGGGACAGCAGAGCCAACCUGAUCUGGAGGAAGUUUGUGUGCCCCGGCAUCAAUGUGAAGUGUGUUCAGUACGACGAGCAUGUCAUCAGCCCCAAGGAGUUUGUGCACCUGGCCGGCAAGUCCACCCUGAAGGACUGGAAGCGAGCCAUCCGCAUGAACGGCAUCAUGCUCAGGAAGAUCAUGGACUCCGGGGAACUGGACUUCUACCAGCAUGACAGGGUCUGCUCCAACACCUGCCGCAGCACCAAGAUCGACCUCUCGGGGGCCCGUGCAUCCCUGGGCAGCCCCACGCCUGCUGAGUACAUCCCGCUCACGCCCGCCACGGCCGACGUGAACGGGGCUCCUGCCACUAUCACCAUCGAGACUUGUGAGGACCCUGGGGACUGGACCACAGCCGUCGGAGAUGACACGUUUGCCUUCUGGCGAGGGCUGAAGGAUGCAGGCCUGCUGGACGAGGUCAUACAGGAGUUCCACCAGGAGCUGGUGGAGACCAUGAAGGGUCUGCAGCAGCGGGUCCAGGACCCUCCCCUGCAGCUCCGAGACGCCAUCCUCCUCAACAACAUCGUGCAGAACUUCGGCAUGCUGGACCUCGUGAAGAAGGUGCUGGCCAGCCACAAGUGCCAGAUGGACCGCUCUCGGGAGCAGUACGCCCGCGACCUGGCAGCCCUGGAGCAGCAGUGUGACGAGCACCGCCGUCGGGCCAAGGAGCUCAAGCACAAGUCGCAGCACCUCAGCAACGUGCUCAUGACGCUGACGCCUGUCUCCCUGCCCCCGCCUGUGAAGCGGCCCCGGCUUGCAAGGGCCACAUCCGGGCCAGCCGCCAUUGCCUCGCAGGUGCUCGCCCAGUCCGCCCAGAUCGCCCUGACCCCCGGUGUGCCCGUCUCCCAGCUCACCAGCGUGCCGCUGGGCAAAGUGGUGUCCACCCUGCCCUCCCCCAUGCUGGGCAAGGCCAUGCCCCAGGCUGCUCCGGCAAGCUCCCCCGCUUCACCGCUGCUUGGGGGCUACACGGUGCUGGCCUCCUCGGGCACCACCUUCCCCAGCACGGUGGAGAUCCACCCGGACGCGUCCAGCCUCACGGUCCUGAGCACAGCCGCCAUGCAGGACGGCAGCACUGUGGUCAAGGUGGUGAGCCCGCUGCAGCUGCUCACCCUGCCCGGCCUGGGCCCCACCCUGCAGAACGUGGCCCAGGUUUCACCGGGGGGCAGCACCAUCGUGACGGUGCCCACGGGAGCUGUUGAGAGCGCCGUGGCCGCCCCGGGACCCGAGGAGCACACGGCCACCAUCGAGGUGGCCGCCAUGGCGGAGGGCCACGAGCACAAGUAGCCGUCGGCAGAAGGCAAGGCCCCUCGUGGGCACAGGGCUGGCCACCUCUCCUCAGGCCGUGGCUGGCCGGGAGCACAGCGCUGGCGCCCGGCGGGCCACACGGGGCUGCUGAACCAAAGAGAGGAAACGCCAAAACAGACGGAGAGGAGAGGAGAGGGACGUGGCGGCAGCCUGAGACACGGGUCUCCGGGUUCUGAGCCUCCUCCCCUGUUUUUCUGGGAAAUAUAUUUUUCCAUCUGUUGCUUAUUAAUACUGUUUACAUGUGGGGCCUUGGUCAGGAGCCAGGUCGGGGAGGCCAAGGGGGCCCAGGUGCAGCUGGCAGCAGAAGCAGGGCAGGGAGCGGGGCCUUGGCCCGCCGGCUGGGGCCGGCCGUUACUAACACAUGUCUUGGGAACCGUCCCCAAGUGUGGAAACCCAUGGAUCCUAUGGAUUUGGUUUCUUCCCACAGUUUUCUGUAGGUUUAGUGUGGCCAGCACCCUGUUCUCCCACCUCUGGAACAGGCAUCAGUGGUGCUGCAGGGCACCCAGGGGUCGGGGUGCAGACCCCGGGGCACCUGCCUGGCCAGAGGGGCCGAGGGGCCUGAGCAGCACAGGCCAGAGGGGGGCACCCCGCCCCCACUCCUGCCUGGCAGUUGCUCAGGGGCUCAGGGGCCAUUGCACACGCUCUGGGGGUAUUUUUAAGUGAACUCCUUAGUAGGCUUCUAGGAAGAGUCAGGUUUAUAGUGUUUUCAACCUAAACGACGCUGAGUGCCUAGGCUUCCCAAUCUGUUCUGGGUUCCAGAGUGUUUUGUACACAGGGACUGUCGGGAAGGCCUCCAGGGGAGCGAGAUGGUGGGUGUCCCCUGCGGCUUUGGCCUGAGGAGGGCGCGUGGAAGGAACAAGCAGGGGCUCUGGAGGGUUCACUCCCAGUUGGGACGCGCCUCAGAUCAGGGCUCGUGAUCCCCUGUGUUCAGCGUGCUGGUGGGGCCCUCUCCUGGAGGCGGGCUGCACCCCACCGGCCAACACUGGUGCCCCAGGGCGUUCGGGGCCAGUGCUGGGUGAGGUGGGGGCACCCAGAUGCUCGCGGGAAGGAUGUCCGUGGGCCAGCCAGCCCUCUGGUCUUCUGGUUGUGGACUCAGGAGGAAGAGCAGGGAGGGGCCUUCCUGCGGGCCUUGAGCCACUGCAGCAGAGGGUCCCCACGGGCACCCUGGGCCUCCUGUCUGUCACCUGUGGAGACCCAGAGAGAAGCCACUGGCCGCCUCGCACUUUGAAGGGAACUGGGCUCCGUCCAUCCAUCCAUCCGUCCUUCCGUCUGUCAGGUGGCCCGGACCCCACCUCAGCACCCUCGCCCCGCAUCAAGCACCGAGGCUGUUUUGUUUCCGUCACGUCUGGUUGGCCGUUGUCUCGGGCCUGCUGGUGUCAGCGCGAUGUCAUUUCCCUGUUUGCUACACGCUCCUCUUCCAGGCGCGUCUCUGAUACACGUGCAGUGGGAGCCCGCGGACGAGGCGCCCAACCCGUCCCGAGUCCGGCUCAGACCGUAUCAGAACGUGUCGUGAGUGGAACCGGGCGGCUUGUGCUUGGAGCCUCUCCGGUCAGACCUGCCACCUCUCGGAAGCCGCCCCGCCCGCAGGACACGUGGCACCAGGAGGAAAGUGGGUUUCAGAGCCACACGGACGGAAGCCACUGACAGCUGCUCCUGCGGACACCGGCGCCUGGCGGGCCCUGAGCCUGGGGUGUGGGGAGGGGCCCACUGUCCUCCAGGAAACUUCAGCCCACUGUGGGGUCGGGCCAUCUCGCUGUCGCCACCCACCACUUCCCCCUUCCACCCACCGGGCGCGUGCAGGCUGUCCCGGCUCGGGCGUCUGGGAAGGUAGGACCGAAUCUGUGGGGCUCGGAGGCAGCCUGGGGAAGGGAGGCAUCUGAGUUCUACUUUGUAUGUUGUUUUGCAAGUAUCUGCUUGGUACUUUGAUUUA